AUGAAAGAUCGGUCGGCGGUGCGAGAGUCGUUGUUGUGUAAGAUUGUGGAGGAUGAGAAGAAUUUGGGAUUUCCGUUUGUGGAGGAAGGAGCACAUUUUGCUUUGAUGCUGACGAUUGGUGCCGCGGAUACUACUCAAAUGUCUACUUGGGCGUUUGUGGAGGCCAUGAUGAGUUUUCCUGAUGUGCAGAAGAGAGCCCGAGAUGCCAUUGAUGCGGUUGUCGGAGACCGUAUACCAUACUGGGAAGACUAUGAGAAAAUCCCUUAUGUCAGAUGUAUCGUCAAAGAAACUUGGCGUUGGAGACCACCAGUAGGUCUGGGCCACCCGCACGUCACGACGGCCGACAUUACAUACAAUGGAAUGCGUAUUCCCAAGGGUUCUCGUCUCAAUCUCAACGGCUACGCACUCCAACACGAUCCCCAACGACAUCAAGAUCCCGAGACGUUCUGGCCGGAGAGGUACGAAGGCGACGAAACGACAGCCAUGCAGAGCAUCAAUUCGUCCGACGUACAAAAGCGAGACCACUUCGCCUUCGGCGCUGGGAGAAGAAUCUGCCCCGGAUACAACGUCGCAGAACGUUCUCUCGCCGUCGCAAUCAUGCGAAUCCUAUGGGCAUUUGAAGUCACGCCGAGUCCCGAUGCCAAGCUCCCGCUGAACAUUGCAGACUGGCGAGGAGAUUUCCCCGGUCUUGCUGGGCCAACGAUGCCGGUCAUGAUGUUGCCGAGAAGCAAAGAGAGAGUUGCGGUGAUUGAUGAGGCUUUUGCAGCGGCGAAGAUGGAGCGUGAGGCUAUUGUGAGUUGA